AUGAAGUCCUCGGAAGAGAGGAUACAGUUCAAAAGGGAUUUCUUAAGCUUGGGACAAGGACGGAUAAUUCCUCUACAAGAUGUUAAAUUUUGGUCUCGAUUCUGGAAACUACCAACCAAAGGUCAAAAUAUUUUCGAACUACUUUCAUUGGAGGAUGUGAAGAAUGUACGAUAUCAGAAUGUGGCCAACUACAUAACGUUUGUACAAGUAUUGAGCUUGAAAAUCAUUGAAAUAGCCGAGUUGGAGUUUUUGACAAAUAAUGAUAUAACACUGCUUCUUAAUUGCAUAAGGUUUUUGAUUAAGGUUUUACCACCUAUACUUGAGCUCAACGAUUAUGCUGACGGUAUUGGUUUCGAGAUAUUUUGGAACUCUAACUUCGAUGUAGCAGAGUAUUUUAAAUUAAAGGAGGUGGAAUUACUGGAUUCUGAAGAAGACGUCAACAGGUGUGUACUGUCUGAUGCAGUAAAGGUCACUUUGGCAUUUAGAUUGAUGAUGGCAUUGGUUGACUUAUUGUACACCAAGGGGUUCACACUCAAUACAAAGGAGAAAGGUGGAGUAAGUUUGAGUGUAUGGGAGCCUGGAUUGGGAUAUGCAGGUAAGGCUAGAGCCCCAAAUCUGAUAGUCGACAGUAACAGAAUGGAAGUGUUGAAGCUAAUUAUAACAUUGUGUUCUGAUGGAUUCUAUUGCGCUCCGUCAACAAUUGUGUCUAAGGGAUCGAGAUUUCUCACAGUAUUGGUAUCAUUGACACCUAAAAUGAAACUUUUAACGUUGGUAUCGUCGCUAUUAAAUCUCACAUGCAGAUCGUCAAAGGGGAGUGAAGAAAAUGUACUAUACUACGAUAAUAUCAACUUGACUGAAACUAGACACUUGUGUGUAACAUAUGCUUUUUCAUUGCUAACUAUGAUGGUGGUGUAUCCCAUUCCUAGUGAGACUGGAAUAUCUGGAUGCAAGCUCCACAACAUGGCUAGAGGAUAUCUAGGUAAGGUACACAAAGAGCUGGAACUACUGUUCAUUGCCGCUUCCUUGAUGGAUAUUUUACUAUCUCCUUUGUUAGUAAAAGAUUCCGAAAGUGGUUCUUUCACCUUUGGUAAGAAUAACCAACCCUCGAUUUGGGCUACGAACACCGUUUUUUUCAUUUGGGAAUUGAUUCAGUGUAAUAAACACUUCAAGGACAUUAUAUCCAAAAACCACAUGUCACAGUUAAUGGUUAUCUUGCUAUAUUACAUUUUCGAAUUCAAAACAAGUGACAAUCAGAAAAAUCUAGUGCGUGUUUGUGCAUACCUAUUCCUAUAUUUGUCAUCGCAAUUGAAUAUGCUAGGUACAUUAUUCCACCCCAUUCCGCUAAAAUUAUACGACUCUCUUCCAUCAAGCUACAAAUUAGCAAUAUCACCAGUGACUACAAGAGAUUUUUUGGUAAGUCAACUUUGUUCAUUGUUGUUGAAUUCAUAUCCGAUACAACCACCUACGUAUAGCUUUAGACCUUUGCCGAAACUUUUGUUGAAUACUUUGAUUGAAUCGUUGUAUAAUUUGAUAAUACCCGUAUCAGACCAAGAACUAAAGGUGCAUAACAAUCCCAGCAAAAAGUUGAAUAACCCAAAUUCCCGUGGAGGAUUAUCAUACCAGGCGUCAUCAUUGAUAACCCAGCUCAUAUCCCGAUUCUCAAGCAAAAGCUUCCUUCUCGAGAAAUCAUAUCAUUUAAAUGUAGUUGCUUUAUUAAUCAGAGCUGUAUGCAUAGCAGUUGUCAAGUAUCCUCACCCUUCAAGAAUGCUAUUGUUUAGUAUUUUGAAAAAUGAAAGGGUUUACGACAAUUUAUGGAGUACUAUAUUCAAUAUCCAAGAAUACUCUGUUAGAGGUGACUCAAUAUCCAGGAUUGAUGAAACUGAGACCAAUGAAAGAGUAAUAUUUGCAGAUCAGACAAAUGGAGAUACAAUUACACAAUUGCAGCCAAUACCUAUAUUGCCUCGCAACACAAAUGACGAAUCAUCAAUCAUAUCAGAAAAUGAAAGUGUUGAGUCAUCUUUGCGCCCACAACCGCCGCCAGGUAUGUCAGACAAAGCUAGAGACAAACAAAGAAAGGACAAACCUAUUGGCCAAAUUUGGUCCGGUAAAGAUGCAUUAGCAAUUAUCCUUACUUUAAUAAUCCCACAUUUGAAGCGUGUUUUGAAUACCUUGUGGACUGGCACAAGAGGUGCAAGUGUUGACAGUUUUGAGUUAGUUCAAAAGAUUGAAAACUCUGACUUCUCAACAAUGGUUGAAGAAAACAGACACCAACUCAAGUACGAACUACUUCCAGAGGCACCUUUGGAACAACUAAAAUUUGAGUGGAGUUUACUUUCGUUAGGUUGGUACCUUUCGUUGCUAUACAGCGAAAUAUAUAACGCGUCGUCUCAAGUUAAAACCUACGUUGGCAAUAAUAAUGGCUUGAUCAAGAAUUUUUCCACCUCGUUGGCCACUGUAAGUAAGAUUACCUCCAGUUGGACAACCUUUCUCAAGCAAGAGCAGCCAGGAAAACAACUGGAUGAAUUCACUGUGCAAUGGGUUGAAAAUGGGUUGACAGAUGUUAAUACAUGGCAAGGCACGGAUAUUAAACUUUUCGAUGUUUCAUCAGCUUCAAAAGAUGGCUUUUUUGCUAGUUUCAACAAGUUUAGUGGAACAACAAGUCAAGCAGUACCAAACACCCCGGGAGGCUUAAAUGACAUGAUGAGAAGGUUCAGUGAUUUUAAUAUCAAUGGGAUGUCUAGCUCUCCAGUGUCUUCAGUGCUAAGCACUCCCAUUGAAGAACAAGAGUCGUACUUUACCAGAAGGCCGGGCAGAAAUUCAGUUACAAGCUUGCAUUCGUUGAACAAGUUAAAUAGAAUACGGAGUAAUACUCCUCGCAACUCGUUUAGCUAA